UAGUUCUGCCCGGCCGUUCGGAGGUAUGCGAUGCGGGCUCUGAGGCUGAAUGGUCGCAGAAAUAAUGCCCAAGUGCACAGCCACGAGGAGGGCAGCCCAAUGGAUCCCAUGGUGAUGAAGAGACCUCAGUUGUAUGGGAUGGGCAGUAACCCUCAUUCACAGCCUCAGCAGAGCAGCCCUUACCCUGGAGGUUCCUACGGCCCCCCAGGCCCACAGCGGUAUCCUAUCGGCAUCCAAGGUCGGACCCCAGGGGCCAUGGGAGGAAUGCAGUACCCACAGCAGCAGAUGCCACCUCAGUAUGGACAGCAAGGUGUGAGCGGUUACUGCCAGCAGGGCCAGCAGCCUUAUUACAACCAGCAGCCACAGCCUCCGCACCUCGCUCCGCAGGCGCAGUACCUGCCGUCGCAGCCCCAGCAGAGGUACCAGCCGCAGCAGGACAUGUCUCAGGAAGGCUAUGGAACUAGGUCUCAACCUCCUCUGGCUCCUGGGAAACCGAAUCACGAAGACUUGAACUUGAUACAACAAGAAAGACCAUCAAGUUUACCAGACCUGUCUGGCUCCAUUGAUGACCUCCCCACAGGAACAGAAGCAACCUUGAGCUCUGCAGUCAGUGCCUCCGGGUCCACAAGCAGCCAAGGGGAUCAGAGCAACCCGGCCCAGUCACCUUUCUCUCCUCACGCAUCCCCUCAUCUCUCCAGCAUCCCGGGGGGCCCAUCACCUUCUCCCGUUGGCUCUCCUGUAGGAAGCAACCAGUCACGAUCAGGCCCAAUUUCUCCUGCAAGUAUUCCAGGCAGUCAGAUGCCCCCUCAGCCACCCGGGAGCCAGGCAGAGUCGAGUUCCCAUCCUGCCCUGAGCCAGUCACCAAUGCCACAGGAGAGAGGUUUUAUGGCAGGCACACAAAGAAACCCUCAGAUGUCUCAGUAUGGACCUCAGCAGACAGGCCCCUCCAUGUCGCCUCACCCCUCUCCUGGAGGCCAGAUGCACCCUGGAAUCGGCAGCUUCCAGCAGAGCAACUCAAGUGGGACGUAUGGUCCGCAGAUGAGCCAGUAUGGACCACAAGGUAACUACUCCAGACCCCCGACAUAUAGUGGGGUGCCCAGUGCAAGCUACAGCGGCCCAGGGCCUGGCGUGGGCAUCAAUGCCAACAACCAGAUGCAUGGAGCAGGGCCAGGCCAGCCAUGUGGUGCUAUGCCCCUGGGACGAAUGCCAUCAGCUGGGAUGCAGAACAGACCGUUUCCUGGAAAUAUGAGCAGCAUGACCCCCAGCUCUCCUGGCAUGUCUCAGCAGGGAGGGCCAGGAAUGGGGCCACCAAUGCCGACCGUGAACCGUAAGGCACAGGAGGCGGCCGCCGCAGUGAUGCAGGCCGCUGCAAACUCGGCGCAAAGCAGGCAAGGCAGCUUCCCGGGCAUGAACCAGAGCGGGCUCAUGGCUUCCAGCUCUCCCUACAGCCAGCCCAUGAACAACAGCUCGGGGCUGGUGAACACCCAGACGCCGGCCUACAGCAUGCCGCCCAACAUGGUGAACAGCUCCGCAGCAUCUGUGGGUCUUGCAGAUAUGAUGUCUCCUGGUGAACCCAAGCUGCCCCUGCCUCUGAAAGCAGACGGCAAGGAAGAAGGCGCGCCGCCCGAGAGCAAGGCGAAGGAUAGCUACAGCUCUCAGGGUAUUUCUCAGCCCCCAACCCCCGGCAACCUGCCAGUCCCUUCCCCAAUGUCCCCCAGCUCUGCUAGCAUCUCCUCAUUUCAUGGAGAUGAGAGCGAUAGCAUUAGCAGCCCAGGCUGGCCAAAGACUCCAUCAAGCCCUAAGUCCAGCUCCUCCACCACCACUGGGGAGAAGAUCACAAAGGUGUAUGAGCUGGGCAACGAGCCCGAGAGGAAGGUCUGGGUCGACCGCUACCUGACCUUCAUGGAGGAGAGAGGCUCCCCUGUCUCCAGUCUGCCUGCCGUGGGCAAGAAGCCCCUGGACCUGUUCCGGCUCUAUGUCUGCGUCAAAGAGAUCGGCGGUUUGGCCCAGGUUAAUAAAAACAAGAAGUGGCGUGAGCUGGCAACCAACCUAAAUGUUGGCACGUCAAGCAGCGCAGCGAGCUCCCUGAAAAAGCAGUAUAUCCAGUACCUGUUUGCCUUCGAGUGUAAGAUCGAGCGCGGGGAGGAGCCGCCGCCCGAAGUCUUCAGCACCGGGGAGACCAAGAAGCAGCCCAAGCUGCAGCCGCCAUCUCCUGCUAAUUCAGGAUCCUUGCAAGGUCCACAGACCCCCCAGUCAACUGGCAGUAAUUCGAUGGCAGAGGUUCCAGGUGACCUGAAGCCACCUACUCCAGCCUCCACCCCUCACGGACAGAUGACCCCAAUGCAAGGUGGAAGAAGCGGCACAGUCAGUGUGCACGACCCGUUCUCGGACGCUGGCGACGCAUCGUUCCCCAAACGGAACUCCAUGACUCCCAGCGCCCCAUACCAGCAGGGCAUGAGCAUGCCCGACGUGAUGGGCAGGGUGCCCUACGAGCCCAACAAGGACCCCUUCGGCGGAAUGAGAAAAGUGCCUGGAGGCAGCGAGCCCUUCCUGUCACAGGGGCCGAUGCCCGCGAGCAGCAUGCAGGACAUGUACAACCAGAGCCCGUCCGGAGCCAUGUCCGGCCUGGGCCUGGGGCAGCGGCAGCAGUUCCCAUACGGAGCCACCUACGAGCGGAGGCAUGAACCCUACGGCCAGCAGUACCCAGGCCAAGGCCCGCCCUCGGGACAGCCGCCCUACGGAGGACACCAGCCCGGCCUGUACCCGCAGCAGCCGAACUACAAGCGGCACAUGGACGGCAUGUACGGGCCCCCGGCGAAGCGCCACGAGGGCGACGUGUACAACAUGCAGUACGGCGGCCAGCAGCCCGACGUGUACAACCAGUACGGCGGCGCGUACGCGGGCGCGGAGCGCAGGCUGCAGGGCCAGUUCCCCUACGCCUACGGCCGCGACUCUGAUGCAUCAGGCUCUCUUAGGGGUAAAAGAAAAGGGUGGAGAUGUGCUGACCCACUGCCACCUGGAGAAGCACGUGAGCUCCUGUUUAACCAGCAAAGCAGAGACCUUGACGGUCACCGUUUCUUACUGAGCUAUCGCCUCUUCUCAGAUCUGGAAGUGACCGUGCUUAACAACCCCUCAGAACAUUUACUUGAAACCAGUCCUCACACUCCACGUCUUUUCUCUUACUGUUACUUUCUGUUCACAUGCAUGGAGUUAAUAUUAACUACAUCCUGUUCCUUCCCGUUGCCAGUUACUCCCGAGGCAUGGCGCGUGAUGAUGUCCCUGAAGUCAGGUCUCUUGGCUGAAAGUACUUGGGCUUUGGACACUAUUAAUAUUCUCCUGUAUGAUGACAGCACUGUUGCUACGUUCAAUCUCUCCCAGCUGUCGGGGUUCCUCGAACUGUUAGUCGAGUACUUUAGGAAAUGCCUGAUUGACAUUUUUGGAAUUCUCACGGAGUACGAGGUGGGCGACCCGGGCCAGAAGGCCCUGGAUCACAGCGCCGAGCGCAGGGACGGCCAGGCCUGGGCCGAGGAGCCGGCGCAGGAGGAGGAGGCGGCCGAGUGCUCGGGCGACGAGGCGGAGGAGGACGCGGAGGACGCGCCCGGGGCGGGGCCCGGGGCCGAGGCGCCCCCGAAGGAGCAGCCCCGGCAGGCCAGCAAGUUCGACAGGCUGCCCAUCAAGAUCGUCAGGAAGAACAACCUGUUCGUCGUGGACCGGUCGGACCGCCCGUUCGGCAUCCGCCAGGCGCAGGGCCGGCGCCACAUCCGGCUGCUGGAGGACGAGCCGCGCAGCCGCGACGAGGCGCCGCUGUGCACCGUGGCGCACUGGCAGGACGCCCUGGCGCGCCGCUGCAUCUGCGUCUCCAACAUCGUGCGCAGCCUGUCCUUCGUGCCCGGCAACGACGCCGAGAUGUCCAAGCACCCGGGCCUGGUGCUGAUCCUGGGGAAGCUGAUCCUGCUCCACCACGAGCACCCCGAGCGGAAGCGGGCGCCGCAGACCUACGAGAAGGAGGACGGCGAGGACAAGGGGGUGGCCUGCAGCAAGGACGAGUGGUGGUGGGACUGCCUCGAGGUCCUGCGGGACAACACGCUCGUCACGCUGGCCAACAUCUCCGGGCAGCUGGACUUGUCCGCCUACACGGAGAGCAUCUGCCUGCCCAUCCUGGACGGGCUGCUGCACUGGAUGGUGUGCCCGUCGGCCGAGGCGCAGGACCCCUUCCCCACGGUGGGCCCCAACUCCGUGCUGUCGCCGCAGAGGCUCGUGCUGGAGACCCUCUGCAAGCUCAGCAUCCAGGACAGCAACGUGGACCUCAUCCUGGCCACGCCGCCCUUCAGCCGGCAGGAGAAGUUCUACGCCACGUUGGUCAGGUACGUUGGGGACCGCAAGAACCCGGUCUGCCGAGAAAUGUCCAUGGCGCUCUUGUCGAACCUUGCCCAAGGGGACACGCUGGCGGCGCGGGCGAUAGCGGUGCAGAAGGGCAGCAUCGGGAACUUGAUCAGCUUCCUGGAGGACGGGGUCACGAUGGCCCAGUACCAGCAGAGCCAGCACAACCUCAUGCACAUGCAGCCGCCGCCGCUCGAGCCGCCCAGCGUGGACAUGAUGUGCCGGGCGGCCAAGGCGCUGCUGGCCAUGGCGCGGGUGGACGAGAACCGCUCCGAGUUCCUCCUGCACGAGGGCCGGCUGCUGGACAUCUCCAUCUCGGCCGUGCUGAACUCGCUGGUGGCCUCCGUCGUCUGUGACGUUCUGUUCCAGAUCGGGCAGUUAUGACCCCCGUGAG